CAAGAAGUACAAAUCACAGAAGCUCGUUGUUUCUAUGGCUUCCAGAUUGCCAUGGAAAAUAUACAUUCAGAAAUGUACAGUCUUCUUAUUGAUACUUACAUUAAAGAUUCUAAAGAGAGGGAAUUUCUUUUCAAUGCUAUUGAAACAUUACCAUGUGUUAAAAAGAAAGCUGACUGGGCCAUGCGCUGGAUUGGGGACAAGAAAGCAACAUACGGGGAACGCGUAGUAGCUUUUGCAGCAGUGGAAGGAAUCUUCUUUUCUGGCUCUUUUGCAUCAAUUUUUUGGCUGAAGAAAAGAGGAUUAAUGCCUGGACUCACUUUUUCUAAUGAACUCAUCAGUAGAGAUGAGGGCUUGCACUGUGAUUUUGCCUGCCUCAUGUUCAAGCACUUGAUACGCAAACCAUCAGAGGAGAGAGUCAAGGAAAUCGUCAUGAAUGCUGUUCUCAUAGAACAGGAAUUCUUGACGGAGGCACUGCCUGUAAAGCUGAUUGGCAUGAACUGCACUUUAAUGAAACAGUACAUAGAGUUUGUAGCAGACCGGCUUAUGUUGGAAUUGGGAUUUAACAAGAUAUACAAGGCGGAGAAUCCUUUUGACUUCAUGGAAAACAUCUCUCUGGAAGGCAAGACCAAUUUCUUUGAGAAGCGAGUAGGUGAAUAUCAGAGGAUGGGAGUCAUGUCGAAGCCCACAGACAACUCUUUCACCCUGGAUGCGGAAUUUUAAAUGAACUGAGACCAUAUAAGUUAGUGUGUAUGUUCUCCUGUUUACAGGGCAACAUUGAAUAUAUUGAGUCACAGUUGUGACUUGAUUCCUGUACUAAAAUCCCGCUCUUAAAGUGUGGUGAUAUUGGUACUUUUCAGGAGGCUAGUGUAGCUCCAGCAGUAAAAUCCCUUUUUUAGACUUUGCCAAUGGUGUUAAUUCAUAGAAUGUUUAGAUGUAUCUCUUACAACAUAUGCUACUCCAUUUUGUGAAAGAUACAGGCACCUUCCUUCUGCAAGAUGGGAGG